UCAGAGCGGUGUUUCGACACCGAUAUCGUUCAAGGAGAACGUGUGUAUACGGGUACCGCGACUGGGUCGGCCAGCGCUGUGAGUGACGCUUGGGCUGAGGUGCUCACGUCCAGGAGUCGGCGGGGAGCUUUCAGCCGCCGCUCAGAGCGGCAACGUGGGUGACAUGCUCCGCAAUCUCGCAAGGGGCCUCGCCGGACAUUCAAAAUGGCACAACACCCGCUUCCGCAAGGCGCGGCAGGAUGCUGUCAAACUCGCAGUCGCCAGCAAGUUUGCCGGCAUGAUCCGAGUGGCGGUUGGAGCUGGCGACGAAGCCGGUGUUGCUGAUGCUGUGGCCCGAGCGAAAAAGGAGGGUGUGACACGCGAGGUCAUUGAGCGCGCGCUCGAGACGAGCCGCAACCGAGAGGCCUACAAGGAGGAGAUGUACGAGGGCUCCCUCGCCGGAGGAGUGCUCGUCCUCGUCGAGGCGUUGACAGACAACCCGAGGAGAACGGCGCCAAAGGUGCGCCACCUCUUCAAGGAGGGCGGAGGCGCACUCGGCGCAGCGGGGUCCGCGGCGUGGGCGUUUCAGAGGCGAGGUCUGCUGCGCGUCCAAGGCAUCAGCAGCGACAACGAAGCUCUGAUCGAGGCGGCGCUCGAGGCGGGAGCGCAGGACGUCGAGGAGGAUUCGGCAGCACACCUCGAGGCUGACGACGGCCCCUGCGCCGCCGUGUUUUGUGAGCCCAACGAGCUGGCCGCAGUGCGAGCCACCCUCAGCGCGAGAGGGUUCGAGGCGAGCGAGGCUGCGAUCCUCUUCGUGCCGAGUACAACCGCAGAGCCUGCGGCCGGCCUGCGAGAGGCAGCGGAGAGCGCGCUCCUCGCUCUCGAGGAGAUGGAGGACGUAGAGGGUAUCUGGCACAAUCUUGCACCAUAGGCUGUAGUAUGAAUCUCCUUGACUCCUUCGGUACUUGCACCGACCUCUUUUGUCGCGUUCCUGUGACACCGCACUCCGCAGGUGCCACGGUGUCGGUGACGGCAUUGACGAUGUUGUUAGGGCGGUAAAAAACAGUGUUACGUA